UCUCUGUUCAUUCAUAACGCAACUCUGGAUUAUCAAGCCUCCGCUGAGAAGCUCCUUCUCCGAGGACUUCGGGAAGAAACAACUGAGGAAUCCACCACCUCUGCCAGCGUCUGCUUCUCUCCAAAAACUAUAAACACAACCCGAAUUGUAUCACUGAUAAAAAAAAACAUGAAAAUGUCAGCAGAGCAGAUUUCCGAGGUCCUGAAAGAGGGAGAGCUGGAGAAGAGGAGUGACAACCUCCUUCAGUUCUGGAAAAGGAAGACGUGUGUCCUGACCACGGAUAGCCUCAACAUCUACGCCGACACGCAGAAGCGAACCAAGAGCAAGGAGCUCAAACUCCAGUCUAUCAAGAAAGUGGACUGUGUUGAGCGCACCGGCAAGUUUGUCUACUUCACCAUUGUUACCACGGACAAUAAGGAGAUCGAUUUUCGGUGCUCCGGUGAAGAUAACUGCUGGAAUGCAGUGAUCACCAUGGCACUGAUUGACUUCCAGAACAGAAAGGCUAUUCAGGACUUUAAAACGCGACAGGACGACGAGAGCGGGUCCCCGGGACAGCACGAGAGCCGCAUGGCCAGAGCUCCCUGAAUGGCUUUGGGAGAUUAGCUACCACACUCCGAAUAUGAGUCAGUUAUGGACCAUGAAGAACAGGAACUUGGACCAAAGAAAGACGUCACCCGGUCCGUGGAUGAAGGAUUGUUCGGGACAGAUCAGCGCAUUCCCUUAGGAACCUCUGCCCUGAUAAGCUUCUAAAAGAGAAUUUAAAAUGCUCAAACUCAAGACUGAAUCCUUGAACUUUCAAGUAUUUCAAAGUGCGCUUUUCUGAGGAGGGAUGCCUCCUGAAUGACAUUGCAAAAAUGUGUUAAUUUAUUUGUGUCAAGAAAAUGUUUUUCUUGGAUACAUGCUUAUGUUUAAAUUAUUUACUAUUUCAGUGUGUAUUUAUUUGAAUAAAUAUUCAUACAUUUUUGAAGAAAA